AUGGCGACCGAAGUGCGCUCCUUUUACACCCCUUCCACGACCGCUCACGUGUCGCAGCCCAUUGUCGACGAGCUUAUGAUGUCGCACGGCAGAACUCGCAACCUGGUCCAACGCUGCAUCGACCAUAUCCGCCUACAAUACUAUCGUUACGAGGUGACCUUUGGUGUCUAUGUCAUGACUCCCGGAGAAAAGUUUGUCGCAAACACCUUUGUUCUGGUGUUCCUCUCCCUGUUGAUAUGGGCCUCCCUUCUAUACUUUCCGCAACUGCUCUUCCGGAAGAUAGGACGUCUGGUCUGGCUCCUGACUGGCCAUAGCGAGGACGUGGCUGCGCUCUUCGGCAUCUUUGAGCACGUUUAUAUCAGCCCGGCAACAUCAGCCACUAUGCCGACAAGUUCUAUGGCGUCUUAA